AUGUCAGGAUCAGUAUUCAACGAGCUCCGUCUGGAGGGAGCCUUAUGUGACGCUGUCAUCAAAGUCCAGGAUGUCGAAUUUCAAAUCCACAAGAUCAUCCUCUGUAAAUGCAGCCCAUACUUCCGAGCUCUCUUCGUACACUGGUCAGACCCAGACAAAAAGGUCUUUGACAUCACGGAUGCGUCUCCUGCCGUGAUGCAGCUCAUCAUUGAGUUUGCAUACACCGACUCUGUUUCUGUGACAACGGACAACGUACAGGAGCUGCUGGUGGCAGCCGAUCUGUUCAAUAUAAUGGACGUUGUGAAAGCCUGCUGCAACUUCCUGGGGGAGCAGCUCAGCCCAAGCAACUGCAUCGGCGUCUGGCACUUCACCAACACCUACUUCUUCGACCGACUGCGGCUCAAGGCCUACAGCUAUAUCACUGAUCACUUUGAGGAGGUUGCCGCCUGUGAAGAGUUUCAGCACCUCUCCGUGCAGGAGCUCGCUGACAUCCUUGACAGAGACGACCUCAAUGUGAGACAGGAGAGCACCGUGUACGAGGCCGUCCUUCGCUGGAUCACCCACAAACUUGAGGAACGAAAAACACACCUUGCUGUGCUCUUCCCUAAGGUCCGGCUGACCUUGACAACUGCAGAGUACAUUAUACAGAAUGUGCUGUCCAAUGAGCUAGUGAGGAGCAACACUCAGUGCCUGUGCAUUACCACAGAAGCCAUAAAUCGCCUCAGGACAAACAGCGGUGUCCACAACCGUCUCAGUUGCCCUCGCCUGCCUGGUACCAUCCUGAUUGCCAUUGGAGGCUGGAGCAUCAGCAGUGCAACUAACUGCGUUGAGGUGUACGAUGUCCGCGCCGACCACUGGAUCACUGUAUUCUCUGCUGAGCAUCCCCGUGCCUAUCACGGCACUGCCUGCCUCAAUGGGUACAUCUACUGCAUCGGUGGCUUCGACAGGCUGCGGUAUUUCAACACCGUGCGCCGAUUCAACCUGAUCACACACACCUGGCACGAGGCUGCACCCAUGCACUGCUGCCGCUGCUAUGUGAGCGUCACUGUGCUGAACGGGUGCAUCUAUGCAAUGGGAGGUUUUGAUGGGCAUGUGCGACUCAGCACUGCAGAGCGCUACAGUCCCGAGACCAACCAGUGGACUUUCAUUGCAGACAUGCACGAGCAGAGGAGCGACGCCAACUGCGCAACCCUCUACAACAAGGUUUACAUUUGUGGUGGUUUCAAUGGAAACGAGUGCCUGACCACUUGUGAAUAUUACAACCCAGAGACCAACGAGUGGACAAUGGUGAGGCCCAUGCACAAUCGACGCAGUGGGAAUGGCGUUGUUGCGUAUGCAGAUCACAUCUAUGCAGUUGGUGGCUUCAAUGGCGACAACCGUCUGAGCAGCGCUGAGGCCUACAACCCCCGGACCAACACCUGGCACGCAGUGUCCUCUAUGUGGACCACCCGCAGCAAUUUUGGCAUCGAAGUGAUUGAGAAUAAGCUCUUUGUUGUCGGGGGCUACAACGGCGCCACCGUGACCUCUAAAGUUGAGUACUACAACGCAGCAACUGAUGAGUGGACGGAGGCCUGUGACAUGGAGACCUCCCGCAGUGCUCUGAGCUGCUGCGUGGUAUCCAGGCUCCCCAACUUGGCCAACUAUGUUGUCCCUCGUGACCUCCUGCCGCGUUUAUUAUUUGGAGGGUAG